UUUUCUUUGUGAAAAAAUAGGGAACAACUAUGCAUGCUUCUGUAGGUGAAGAUUUGAUAUCUGUGUUCGAGUCAUUGAUAUCGGAAGGAACUGUGUAUGUUUUUACAUACUUUGGAGUUAACAACAACUGUGGGUUGUAUCGCACAACAUCGCAUCAAUUUCGGUUAUUUUUUCAAGAUAGAACUACUAUCUUACCCUCUUUCUGUGAUGCAAUACCGUUAUAUGGUAUUAAGUUAGUUCCUUUUAGGGAAAUUAUGGGAUACUCUCCUCAUCAUCCUUUUUUGGUUGACGUUGCUGGAGUUAUGGCCGGCGUGGAGGGUGAGAGGAAAUACAUGAACGAUGGUAAACUUAUUAACAUGAUGGUCAUUCAUAUUGAGAAUGAUGGUUUACGGCUUAAUAUUGUUGUUCUUGGAGAGAUGGUGGACCGGAUCAAGGAUUUUCUAGCAUCGGGCGAUCAACAACUGCCAAUAGUUAUUUUUCAAUUUGUAAGAGUAAAAAAUGCUGGAGGUACGUGAGUAUUUAAUUACUAUCAAAUGAUUAUAUUCUUAUUGUAACUAUUUCUACUAAUUAUUGAGAUGCAAAA